AUGCUCCCGCCCAUCCCCGCGCUCGACGACUACGGGCUCUCGCCCACGCACGGCUUCCUGCCGGAGACGCUGCCCUUGACCCGGCUGCCCGACCCCUACUACCACAAGUGGGAGGCCGUCGCCGCCAACCUGCAGGCCGCCGUGCUCAGCCGGCGGCUCCGGGGCGUCGUCGACGGCCUGCCCGUCCUGUCCACCGUCGGCCUCGAGCACGACGCCGAGUGGCGCCGCGCAUACUCGCUGCUGUGCUUCAUCGCCCACGCCUACAUCUGGGGCGGCGACGAGCCCGCCGACCGGCUGCCGCCCUCGCUCUCGGUGCCGCUGCUCGCCAUCGCCGGCCGGCUGCAGGUGCCGCCCGUCGCCACCUACGCCGCCGUGUGCCUGUGGAACUUCAAGCCCCUGUUCCUCGACGAGCCCAUCGACAACCUCGAGAACCUGGCCACCCUCAACACCUUUACCGGCUCCAUCGACGAGUCGUGGUUCUACCUCGUCUCCGUCGCCAUCGAGGCCCGCGGCGCCCCCGUCCUGUCCCUCUUGCUGACCGCCAUGGCCGCCGCGCGCCGCGCCGACUCGCCCGUCCUCGCCCGCUGCCUCCGCGCCUUUGCCGAGCGCCUGACGGACCUGACGACGCUCCUGCAGCGCAUGCACGAGAGCUGCGACCCCGUCAUCUUCUACCACCGCAUCCGCCCCUUCCUUGCCGGCUCCAAGAACAUGGCCGAGGCCGGCCUGCCCCGGGGCGUCUUGUACGACGACGGUUCCGGCACCCAGACCCAUCGCCAGUACAGCGGCGGCAGCAAUGCCCAGAGCAGCCUGAUCCAGUUCUUUGACAUUGCCCUCGGCAUCCACCAUCGCCCGACCGGCGACACCCGCGACGCCGCCGCCGACCAGCGGCACAACUUCAUCCAGGACAUGCGCAAAUACAUGCCUGGCUCCCAUGCGCGCUUCCUCGACGACGUCUCGCGCGUCGCCAACAUUCGCCAAUACGUCGAGAGCCAUCCCGACGACAGCGACCUGUGCCUGGCCUACGACGCCUGCCUGGCCAUGUUGAGCGCCUUUCGCGACAAGCACAUCGCCAUCGUCACCCGCUACAUCAUCAACCCGUCUCGCGAAGCCCGCGCCCGCAGCAGAUCCCGCAGCCGAGAACCCGCCGCACGCAAGCGCCUCAACCUCGCCACGGCGUCCAGCAACCCCAAACGGGACCGCAGUCAAAAGGGAACCGGCGGCACCGCCCUGAUCCCCUUUUUGAAGCAGGCCCGGGACGAGACGGGCGAGCCCGCCGUCGAGGAAUGGACCCGCCGCUUCAUGAAACGCAAGAUGGGCGGUGACCAUCUCGGCCCCUCCGCCGUGGACAAGGAAAAUGUCGAUGUCAAGGGCCUGGCCUGGUCGUGGACGGUGGACGACGAUAUCGGCGGCAUCUGUCUCAUCUAG